GCUUUUCUUGACUUCCUUCACAGCUAGGUCACCCCUGGUGUUUGUGGUGUCUGUCUGUGUGUGUGUGAGGCAGUGAGACAGAAUGGAGGAGCUGGCAGAGUAUCACGGGCGCAUCAGCAAGAGGCAAGCAGAAGAGAUCCUGAGUAAAGCGGGCAGAGACGGCAGCUAUCUGAUCAGAGACAGCGCGAGCGCAGCGGGGUCUUACUGCGUGUGUGUGCUGUGUGAUGGAUGGGUUUACACCUACAGAGUGUUCAAACGAAAGGAUGGCCUCUGGACAAUAGAGGUGGCUCCUGGGAUGAAGGAAAGACUCUUUAGGAAAGUUGGCAACCUUAUUGCUGCCUUCAAGAUCCCAGACCAAGGCAUCUCUGUUCCUCUUUUGUAUCCUGUAAACAGAGUUAAAUAAUAGAACACAAGCCAAAACAAACACAUCAGAGCAGUUUCCACAUGCCGUAGAUGUGCGCAAGAGUAUCUUCUCUGGGGUCUCUAAAUACAAGGGGUAAACUGGAAAUGUUAUAAAUGCUGUAAAUUGUAAACAUUUUGAAAAGUAUAUUUAAGUGUAUUAGAUUCUUCAUUUGAAGCAAUACGGCUGCUACAUUUAUAAUCAAAUGAAUGCAAAAAUAGCUGCAAAUAAUCUAGUAUAAAAUGCCCCUAUUAUGGG